AUGGUGGCAACAAUGAUUCCAGGCGGUGCUGCCAUCGCUGCAUUCGCUCUUUUCGCCAGAGAUAAGGAAACUGUUGACUGGUGGUCUACUCAAGUGAAGAAACCAGAUUGGGCUCCAUCUGACGUACGGCUGUAUUCCGUUAUGGACAUACUGGCGCUGUCACCUCUUGGGUAUGCCUCCUACCUUGUGUACAAAAGCGGAGGAGGUUUCGAUUACACUGACACUCGUUUGGCUUUGGGUCUUUACGGAGCAAACAUGAUGUUUGCCCUUACAACUAUUCCUCUUGUGAAGAAGAAGAACCUGGGCUGCCUGUGGAAGAAUACACUUAUGGUUCACUUGACCGCUGCUGGAGCUGCAUACGCGUUUUACAAGAUCGACAAGCAAGCUGGAAUGUGGAUGAUUCCUUACGCGGUUUGGACAGGCUUCUAUGCUUUCCUGACCUAUUCGAUUGACAAGGAAAACCAGGUCAUCAAGGACAUCUAA